GGAGCAAGCGAGUGAAUCAGGCUUGGUACAAGGCCCGCCCAGGCUGCCACCAAGACCUGUGCAUGGAAAAGUCAUUCCAGUUUGGAGGCCUCCUAAGGGGGCCCCUGAGAGACCACCGCCCCCUAAACUCUCUGCAGCCAAAUCAAGCAAAAGCCUGCCUUUCAGUCGGUCCUCGUCCGACAUGGAUCUUCAGAAAAAGCAGGGCCCCCUGGUGUCUGGACUCCCAAAAGCCAAGAGUCAGGUCUUUAAAAACCAAGAUCCGGUGCUACCCCCUCGCCCCAAACCGGGACACCCUCUUUACAGGAAGUACAUGCUGUCGGGGCCCCGCGGCCUGGCCAGCGAAGACGCUGCCUCCCCGAGCCCCGCGGAGCAACCCUGCAAGCCCUGCUUCCCCCAGGACUCGGGCCACACUCAGAAGCCUGCUGACAGCGGGGCUCCUCACGCUCUGGUUCUCCAUGACUUCCCAGCAGAGCAAGAUGAUGAUCUGAGCCUCACAUCUGGAGAAACUGUUUAUCUUCUGGAAAAAAUAGAUACAGAAUGGUACAGAGGGAAAUGCAGAGGGCAGUUCGGCCUGUUCCCUGCCAAUCACGUCAGAGUCGUGGUUGAUAUUCCAGAAGGAAGAAGUGGAAAAAGAGAAUCAUUUUCAUCUCACUGUGCUAAGGGCCCACGGUGUGUUGCUCGGUUUGAAUUCAUUGGCGACCAGAAGGAUGAGCUGAGCUUCUCGGAGGGAGAAGUCAUUAUUCUGAAAGAGUAUGUGAAUGAGGAAUGGGCGAGAGGAGAGAUUCGAGACCGAACGGGGAUCUUCCCCCUAAACUUUGUGGAACUUGCUGAGGACCCCCCCACGCCUGGUGCGGACGUUCUGAGCACAAAGGUACCACCAAAGACCAAAAACGAAGAGCCCAGCUCCAGUUCUGAGGACAGCAGCCCUUGUGGGGAGUGGUGCAAAGCUCUUCACAGCUUCUCGGCGGAGACCAGUGAGGACCUGCCCCUCAGCCGCGGAGACCGCAUCCUGAUCCUCGAGCGCCUGGACUCUGACUGGUACCGGGGCCGGCUGCACGGCAGGGAGGGCAUCUUCCCGGCAGCCUUCGUGCAGCCCUGCCCAGCUGAGGCGAAAAGUAUGGCUGCUGCCGCGCUGAAGGGGAGGAAGGCCAGAGCCCUGUAUGACUUCCUGGGGGAAAACGAAGAUGAACUCUCUUUCAAGGCCGGAGAUGUAAUCACAGAGCUGGAGCCCGUGGAUGAGGCCUGGGUGAGCGGAGAGCUCAUGGGACGGUUCGGCAUCUUUCCCAGGAGCUACGUCCAGUUUCUGCAAGCCAGCUGAAGUCCCGCCUGGCUGUCCCUUGGCGGGAGAACUCACUUGAACAUUCACUUUGACUAUCAGAUAUUUUGCACUAUUUUUUUAACAGAAAGAGAAGCAUCUAAGACAUAUGUGGCACCCUAGGAUUUGUGAGAGCAGAAAGCUUGUAGCUUGGGCGCUCGGUUCGUAGAAAGGCCUACGUUCUCCACGUGCUCGGGAAGCGGUAGGGGGAGGGCGGGCAGAUGCACACUUCCCGGGGGAAGCUCCUGGUGCCGGCCUGGGAGGCUCACGCCUGGGCCCACACACCUGUCCCCCAGCACACGGAACUGACCGUGCUCUUCAUUGCCACUUUAGUGUAAAAGGAGGGCGUCUGACAGUCUAGUUGCCUGUCAGGACACGGGUGGUAAUCAUUCGUUUUUGAUAUUCAAAUGAAUUCUAACAGCUUGAGCACACGGGGCCAGUUCCUGCUCAGGACAGACAGUUUGGUGGAACAUUUACACGCAGGUGGGAGAUAAGUUCAGGUUCCCCCAGAUGUUCCGGUGUUUCCCAGCAUUCCCCAUUUGUCCAGGGACUUGAAGGGGUCAAAAGAACCAAAACCACCCCUGAGACUCUAAUACAACUAACUCUUCGUAGACCUGCCCUCGGCUCUCCCGCAGCAAAUGCCGUAUGUUAACAGGGUUAUUAUAAAGCACACUUUCUGAAUCUGCAAUCAUUCCUCUGACAAUUACUGGAAGCCAAAGGAAAACUCAUUUUCUUUGCAUUACCCCAGUAAUACAUAAAAGCUGUGUCUUGUUAUAGUAGUGCGUUAUGAAUCAUGGAUAGUAUCUUAGAGUUACAGAGCAAAUGAUAAGAUGAAAACCAGUACCAAGCCCCUGUCGCUCAUUUCUUCUCACUGUAAUCAGAAGGAAAAGUACUUUAAGAGGACUGAAGGCCUGGCGCAGUUCCCUCCCCCACACCUGGCACGCCCCGCCCCCACCCCACCCCACCCCCUCAUCUCUUCACAACUAGCCCAGUAAAUACAAAACCACUUUCCUGCGUCCACGGUCACACGUUCUGAGUUUAAAAAGUGGUUCUUGCGUGACUGAGUCGACUACGGUUUACAAACUAAAGCCAAUGGAUUGAAGACAAUCUUCCUAACAGAUCGGUGAGUUAACAUUUCACGGGAAUGUGAGACCGGCGGCUCGUGGCUUCUCCUGUUAGCUCCAAGUGCUGGACCCCUUCUCGGUUUCUGUUCUCCCCACCCCCACCCCGUUAUCCAAGAGCUGGCGGCCAGCGGCUCCCUGGGCAUGCGGCUUCUGUAAGGAAGUAGCAUUUACUUUGUCUUUGACUCAGUUUUCCACCCCCGGCAUGUGACUGCAUUUGACUUUGGAAUUUAGGACCUGGGGUUUGUCCUACAUGUUUUUGGGGUUAAGAAUGUAUCAGGAAAGUUCUUGUAAAAUUUCACUCAAAUUGAUUUUAUGAGAAUGGGACUGCUUAAAGUGUUACUCAUUUUCAGCAAGCAGGGCCAGGGGUGUGGAGCGGGGCAUGGAUUGUGUCUGCCUGUGGGGUCUCAGCAUUUGUUGAAGAAGAAAAUCCUCUUAAAUGCCGCCUUCUGUCCGCAGUGGCUGUGUAUCUACUUGACACUAUAAUAAACCUGAGCUGAACUUUUCAGUCCCUGA